AUGUCUCAGCAGAUGCCAACCGGUACCGGUCAAAGUAUCUUCCAGUCAUCCAUCCUGGAUCUCGAAGACACCAGCAACUACUGGCUCACAGCUGGACUCGCGCCGCUGCAGGGAAACCAGACGGUCAAGAAGGGCUUGCUCGACAUCGAAGUCGACGGUUCUGCCUUCAAGAGCCUUUCCAAUGACAGCUUCUCGUCAUUGACCACGUGGGGUGAGUACGACACAUAUGCAUUCAACCUCACCUUUGACGCCUCCUCGCCCGUCAUACUUAACGGCGGUGUCGGUCGCUUCCGCUGGGGAACCGGGACCACGACACAAUGGUCGCUGCCGAGCUGCAGGACCCAGGGCUCCUUCACCAUCAACGGAACCACUCUCGAGAUCGACCCAGCGCGAUCCUUGACCUGGUACGACCGCCAGCACGGCGUCGGCGGCCCCAAUAACUUCACCUGGUUCGGGCUCAACUUUCCUGGCGGCAUCAGAGCCAAGCCGAGUCAGCAGCUGCGCUUCGCUACCAUCCGUGCCGAGGAUGGGCUUCAUCUUGUUCGCUUCAACAUGACUCCCGGAAACGCAACUACCUGGACAUCUCCAGUCACAAACACGACGUACGCCCAGGACUGGAAGCUGUUGUUCGACAACAGGGAUACCCUUGCCAUCAAGAGCAUUCGCCAGGAUCAGGAGAAGGGUUCAGGCGCGGGUAUGUUCUACAGCGGAGUCGUGGAGGCGGAGGGAAGUCUUUUUGGUCAGGAGAAGGGCUUUGGCUUUGUGGAUAUCGUUCCGAAACUUAGCUUGUAG